AUGAAGCAUUACAACCAUCAGAAGCCAAACGUUGUGGCACGAACUCAUCUGGAAUACGAGCUACAAUACAAACGCAAUCAAUGUAGAAGUGAUAUGCGAAGCAGUGAAACCGGAUUUAUCAUUGAGCUAUCCAAACACGUGGACACCAUCUGCCCUCCAGAUUUAAGUGAUGAAAACGAUGAAAUUUGGUUUGGUGUCGGCUUUGGGCCAGACUUUCUGGACAAACUUAGACCUGAAGACAAACCACAAGGUAUCGUACCAUACCCUUAUCGCACCCGCGUUGGACCAUUGGGCGAUUUACCAGACACGGGAGGUGACAUAUUUGUCCACGCUAAAUGUAACGAAAGAGGCAAGCUGUUUCAACUCUGUCAAGUCCUUAUACAUAGCUUGCCGCAAGGAAGCGUGACUCGGUUUGAAGACGUUUACGGAUGGGUCUAUCGGGGUGGGCGUGAUCUUAGUGGCUUCAUAGAUGGAACCGAGAAUCCUGCAGAUGCGGAGGAUCGCAUUGCAGCAGCGAUUGAUCCUAAAAGUGGUGGUAGUUAUGUGGUUACACAAAAGUGGGUUCAUAAUCAUCCCGUGCUCCGAUCAACUAAAGAUUCGGUGAAGGAACAGUGGAUUGGUCGGGACAUCAACGACAGCACGGAACUUCGAAAGAAAACUAUCACCGCUCACGUCUCCCGUAUGGUUGGCUCACCGGACUUUGACGCUAGCCCCAAGUUUAAAAUCGUACGGCACUCUCAGCCCUGGGGUACGGUGUCUGGAGAAUCUGGCUUAUUUUUCAUCGCCUAUUCGGCGACCCCCACCGCCUUGGAUUGGAUGCUCGAUCGAAUGACGGCUCUUUCUGAUGAUAAACAAGCAGACGAUGUCAUGCGUUUCACAAGAUGUGUGACUGGAAAUUACUGGUACUUCCCAAGUCAAGCGGAAUUUGAUCGAAUGACCAAAAACGCCUCCUCAGGCGGAUUUUCUCGCUACUGGCGCUAGGCUCUUACUCGCUCACUUGGUGGCUACUUUGGUUUACCUGAUCGACUGUGAUAUUUCGCCAGUUUUACCUGUUUGCUUUAUGACUUCAUGGUGUUGAUCUCUUUCGCUCGCGUUGUCAAUUUCAUUGCAUGUCACGUUUACUCGAUACGCGCCACUUCCUUUCUUCAGUAACUCCAUGUUACUUUUUCGUGCUUCAACAUUUUGAUAAAUCUUUUCGACAGCCUUCUUUUCUCCUUCGUUUCCCAUGACGGUACAGCGAUCGGUAUUUUUCCAGUGUUUGACGGACUUCAUGCGACUGUCAAAAGCGUUUUCUGCGCUAACUCAGUUUCAGAUGUGUACUUAAUGGUAUCCACUCCACUAUAACCAUGAAUGAGUUUUCAACUACCUGUAUCGUUUGGUUGCACCCUAAAGCAACCCAACUCACAUCCACCAAUGGUUCAUUUUGAACAACAACUACCUGUACUGAGAAUUACACAUCUUUCGG